AUGAAAGUUCGAGGUAUUUGCGUGUUUACCGCGUUAUUCGGUCUGGCGCUUAGUUCGAUAGAUGAGGUUGACCAGCGCUUAUCACAGACUGGCGCCUCGCUCGAGAUUCUUCAAGAUUACGACGCAAUUCUGGCCGAUCUACGCAAGGCUGAUUCUCAAGACCCAGCUAUUGCCAACGUGUUGUACAAGCACGGGUUGGUGAACUUCUCAUUGAAGCGCGAUAGAUUGGCUUUGCAAGACUUCCAAGCAUGCUUGGAGGGCAAUCCCAAGCAUCAAGGGUGUUUGGACAGGUUUGCCGAGCUCUGUUUGGAAAUGGGCGAGUAUGAUCUAGCCCAUGAAAAAGGCAUAGAGGUUUCAGAAUACCAGAGACUUGAAGCAGACAUUGUCAAAUUGUAUGAAAAGAAGAAAUAUACCCAAAGCAUCAAAAAAGCAUCAGAAUUGAUACAGCUGUCUCCAGCCAACAUGAGAGUGCGAAAACUCGUGGUGGACUGUUUAAAGAAAUCCCAGUUGGACUUCAAUUCAAAAGUGCAGCAACUUGUUGAUCAGUACACUGUUCUGGUGAACAACGAACGUGAUGUUGCAGAAUACAGCGAUCUGUUUGAUCUGCAACUAUUUGGAAAAGGAAGCGAUUUUGGAAGUUGUUCAAAAAUCUUGAAAACAUGCUUGAAAUAUGAUAACGACUAUGCUCCGUGUCGUGACCGGACCAAGAUGACUGUAAAGAUGAACAAGUUUUUGGAGUUGUUCAAUCAGGUUUCUAUUUACUACUCCUACUUGUACUCGGAGGAAGGAGACUUGGACCGCGUUGAGGAGCUGGAACCAACCGAGUCUGUGUGGAAACAGUCCCACGAACUGCUAUUUGGCAAGGUGAAGGCUAGAAGUGGCGAAAAAUGGUUUGGUGUCGACGUUUCAAAACCAGCGACCAACUUGGAUCUUUUGGUUGAUUUGAGUGUUUCGGCGCUGGAGCCGUUUGGAUUUUCCAAGCAGGAGAUCUUGGAGAAUAGCGCUUUUCUACGAGACCUUUCACUUCUUGCCAAGGAAUCGUGUGCUCGAACAGGAACCCGCUACAGGGGACAACUGAAAUGUAGGGAUGAGAUACUUCCUGAGCAGUUCAAGGAGAUUGACAAACUGAUCAGCAAGAAACAGUUCAACGAGGCAAAACAAAAGCUGGACUCGAUGCGGGCCGGGUUCAAAAAGAGCUCGUUAUGGAAGCAAAGAGACGAGCCGAUACAAAAGCAUAGAGAAAACGAGCAACGACAAAGACACUACCAGCAACAACGGCAGUACCAACAGCAACAACAACAGCAACGACAGUACCAGCAGUACCAGCAGAUGCCUCCACAGAGACAAUCCAACGGGGUUGAUCCGUACAAAGUUCUUGGAGUUUCAAAAGACGCUGACGAAGGUACCAUAAAAAAAGCAUACAGAGAGAAGAUGAAGCAGAACCACCCAGACAAGCUGAAGAACUCGAAUUUAUCGCAGGACGAGAUCGAAAGCAAGGUGGCCGAGAUCAACAACGCGUACGAAACGUUGUCUGAUCCGCAGCAGAAGCAGGAUUACGAUGAUCAGUCGAACGGAGGAGCCCGGUUUGGAGCCGGAGGAGGCUUUGGCAACCAGAUGUUCCAACAAAACGGGCCUUUCCAGUUCAACUUCCAAUAUGGCUCAUUUGGGCAAAAAGCAGGUACUGGCGGUGCCCGAAUGAAGAGAAAGCCACGAGGAUGA